AUGCCAUCGGACGACGAUGAUAGCAGCUCUCGGAAAGUACAGAAUCAUCAUCAACACAGAUCGCCGUCGUCUACUCUGUCACAGACGACUCAGGAGGCGGCUAUGUCAUUUGAAGUACAGUUGAGACACGCGGCGUUAAGUCUUGGAGCACGUGUUAUUGGACAACGUCCGGCGAGCGACGGGGAACGCGAUCUAUCUCCGCCAACGGCCGAAAUCGGCACACCAACUGAAAACGAAAACCAUAUCGAUAUCGCUGCCGAAGUCGAUUUGGCAAUAUCACAAUCACCACCAUCACCACCACCUCUACCACCAGUACCGCCGUCACCAUAUCUUUCUCAACGAAUCGAGCAUCGGAAAUCUUCAACCAAAAUUCUCGAUGAACAUAGGAAACUUAACACUGUUGAUUUUGUGUUAGCCUAUAAAAGGCAACGAAUAGUUAAGGAGGAUGACAGUAAACUGAACGACGAGACUGAAAGACGAAAGUUUUAUCACGAAUUACGAGCACAUGGGAUUUUGGUAAACAUCGAUGAUGAUCCAACGUGUUCACUAGAUGCAGGCCGAACAUGCUUUGCUUUGCUACAGCUAGAGCAGCGUCUCUUGGGAUGCAGUUGCCGGUGUCAUGCAACCAAUAGUGACAGUAAAAGCGAAGAUAAACAAACACUUUACAAUUCGAAAGAUGUUAAUUACCAACAGUAUCCAAAUGGAAAUGGUAAUCACGAAAAAUUUAAUAAAAAAUUAACAUCCGCCCAACGGGCUCAGAUCGUGUGGCAUAUCUUACUCCGAAUCGGUUCUGGUAAUAAACAAGGCGCUAAUGUUAUGAGUCUUGAACAAUUGCUGGAGACCGAAAUAAUUUCUGCCGCCUAUCCAAUACACGACGGUAGUAUUAAACUUCAAGAGGGAGAAGACGUAAACAACAUCAAUGAUAGACAGGUUCUCUAUGAAAAAUGGGCUAGACCCGGUUUAAUCAUACCCCAAAAAUGGAAAUCUGAUGAAAACAUUAAUGCUUUGAUCCGAAAGUAUUACGGAAUUCCGGUAGCUGUUUAUUUCUGCUGGCUUCGAUACUAUACGAUAUGGUUAGUUGGUCCUGCCAUAGCUGGACUAGUGUGGUUCCUGUACGGAUUGAUAACGACUCGUAGCGAUGUGCCAACCCACGACAUUUGUGAUCCAAAAUCACAAGUAGCCGAUUGGAUCUUGUGCCCAACUAGAAGGUGCAAUUCAAGUUUCUGUGGCUUCACGCGGGUAUUGGACACUUGUGGACUAUACAGAUGGACAUCAGCUGCGACUUUCGAUAGACCGGGUGCGGUCGUGUUUGCGGUUUUCAUGUCAUUUUGGGCCACGGCGUUUCAAGAACUGUGGACUACGUACACUUGGCAGAUGGACGAACAACACAAUAGCGAAAUAUCGCGAACGUCGUUCGAAUGUUGUGUCGGCUGUUCCAGUUCGGGUGACGAUAAAGUACCACUAAAGCGGCCACCUUGGCCGCCAACUCCAGGACCACGUCAUCGCCGCCGUGCGCCUCCAUCCGUCACAGUCCACAAGUCCAUCCUCCACCCAACGAUGAUUUCGCCACCGAACGCCAACCACGGAUCACCAAUGCUAUCGGUGGACGUGAUUUACCGGUGGUGGAUGUCCAAACUAUCGGACGCAUUAAGGGUAAUAGCGUUUUUUGUGACACUGGCCACCGUGGCCUUGGUGCCCAUACUGAUUGUGGUUUACCGCGGCCGAGUCAUUGGGUGGCUCAUGUCAGCCAUUUYCCAUCAGGACGGCGGUGACGGACGGGCACCACCGAAGUCGACGGUGACCAGCCAUAACGAUGACGACACUGCCAGCCACCACAGACAGCACAGCUUUUUCCUGUUGAACUAUACCAACAGUGGUGAACUGAGCAGUUGGAAGGCGGCCGUGGCCGCCGCAUGCGCAACAUUCGUCCAACUCACGGCUAUCGUGGCCCUCCAUCGUGGUUACAGUGGCGUGGCUGAAUGGCUCACCAAGUACUCAUAUCAUUCGGCGUACAACCCACGGUACCAGAGCCUUUACACCGUGUACAUGUCUUGCUUCGAUUCCGCCAAUUAUUAUUCCAGCUUGGUUUACAUUGCUUUUUUCAAGGGUCGCUUCGUGACUGGACAGAGGCAACACGUGGAUAGUUCAUCCAGAUUCACAAAGUUUUGGCCCAUUUCUAUGUUUCGGAGAAUAAUACAUCAUAUUAGAGAAGAUGUUUGCGAUCCCGCAGCUGCUGGAACGGGGUGCGUGCCAGAACUCUGUACCCAAUUGGCCAUUAUAAUGGUGGGAAAACAACUGAUAGACAACGUGAUUGAGUUGAUGACGCCGCUGGCAUUGAAUGUAUGGCGUCGAUGGCGAGCUAAAGAGAGCCGCCGUCAAAAUAAAUUGAAUGGAAAACUGCCGGACACUAUUGUAGAAACACUCAAACACCCGAAACAAUGGCAGCUCGACUAUCAGCUAGAAGAUACUGGAUCGUUGGGCCUUUACCAGGAAUAUUCAGAGAUGGUAAUUCAGUACGGAUUUGUGGUUAUGUUCACAACGGCAUUUCCACUGGCCCCGUUGUGUGCUCUGUUAAACAAUGUAUUAGAGCAACGACUAGAUGCGUUCAAAAUGGUAGUUGCUCAGCGACGUCCAGUUCCCUCCUACUACUGUACUAAUAAAAAAUAUACGAAUUACGUCAUUCGAGGACACAUAAAAUGUUGUGAUAACUGUAACAAGUUAUGCACGUGGAUACGAGUGUUGAAAAUUAUGUCAUUAAUCUCAGUUUUAUACAACGCAUUUAUGGUUGCAUUUACCAGUGACCUGUUACCCCGAUAUGUGUAUUCUCAAAUCUCGACUGGAACAUCGUCUUCAUUGGAAGGCUAUGUCGCUUGGUCUUUAUCCUCAAAGAGAAAUGUAACUGAAUACUAUUAUGGAAAAUUAGAAAACAUAAAUGGACCUGAAACAUGUCGGUACAGGGGAUACGGUGCUGAUGCUGAUUCAGAGCACAAUGACUACAGAAAAUGGCAAGUGUUAGCUGCUCGAUUAGCAUUUGUCGUGAUCUUUGAGCAUUGUGUAAUAGCAUCCAUUGCGGCCCUGGUGUAUUUCAUCCGGAAAAGGUUUUCCCGAUACAAAUCCCACGCUAACCCGAACGCCGACAGUCCUUCCGACAAAAGAUCAGUUGCCGGUAUGUCGGUUGACACUGACUCGGGUGGCUCAUCUGCUAUAUUUUAUGCAGCGGAUGGCUCUUUGGCCGCUGCUCACGAUGCGAUAGUGGAAGGACAGCCUAAGGCGUUCAACAACAAUCCGAUGGUUGUGCCGCCAACCUUGCUAGUAAUUGACAUGGAAAACGACGAUCAAGAAAAAUCGACGAAUCAUGAAUACUCGCCUCCAUCUAGAAUACACAGGCCUGAAGAGAGAUUAUAA